CUUUAUUCAUUGACUUGUGAAUACAUUCCUUCAUCAGUGUUGUUUCAGUAUAAAGUCAUUAUAAUGCUGCGAGCUCAUCAUUUGAUGAUAUUUUUUUUAAGUGAACAAGAUGUUCGAUUGCAAAAUAAAGAAAAAAAUUAGUAAACGAAAAGACAAGCCAGCUUUGUUGACCAGAAGUGCCUGUCCAGCAUACAUUACACACACAAAAAAAAGAGGGAAAGAGUGAUGAGAAGUGAGUGAGUGAACUGUGAAUGCCUAUCGACAAACAUUCCUAACACUUGCCCUCUGGGUCCAUUUGCUGGCCUCUCCUAUAUUACCCUUUCUAGGUGCAUCAAGAGGCUUCGCUUUUGUGGAGUUCCAAUUCCUUCCGGAUGCCCAACGAUGGAUGGAGGAAAACCAGGGUAUUUUGGUGAUCGGGGACGGGCGUGCUUCACUCACAUACAGCAAGAGCAGAGGUGAUGAAGACUGGUUCUGCUCACAGUGUGGUACCCAGAACUUCAAGAGGAGAGGAAACUGCUUCAAGUGUGGAAUAGAGAAGAACGAGUCAGAGCGAUACAGUCAAAUCAGUACAAGACCUACAAGAAUUCUUCUGCUAAUGGGUCUGGACUCGCUGACCACGGAGGAGAAGGUCCAGCAAGAGCUCCAUGACAUCACGGCCGUUGACAUGAACGUCCAGCUCAUACGUGACCCCACAACCAACACAUCAAGAGGCUUGUGUUACGCUGCGCUGUCGGCUGUAGAGUAUGCCAGCCACUUACUGGAGAUUCUCAACAAUAUGCAUCCACCCUUUGUGAUAGAUGGAAAACAAAUUUCAGUGCAUUUCUGCAGAGAAGGGACAGAUGAAGAUUACUCUUCAUGGGCCGAGGCUGAAGCUGGACCAUCUUAUGAGCAGUACUACCAGCAGCAAGCAGAGGCAGUGGCCACAGGCACCGUAGCUUAUGAUCAAAGCUAUGCAGCAGCCUAUGCAGCAGGAUCAGCUGCUCACUCUUCCAAAGAACUAUCUGUAGCAGACAAAGUAGCGCUAGCCCAGGAGCAGGUGCAAGCAGCUCGUAAGAUGCAGCUAGAGCAGCAGCAAAUCACCCAGAAACUACUCAACAAGAUCAGAGCGAGUGGCCCAGAGAAGAAACCCAAGAGGGUCAAGGUUGACCUUCCACCUCCAGGAACGGACGGACACACGCUAGACCUGAGCCAGAUCGUUCAUGAGGUCAAACCACAAAAGAGAAAGAAAGAGCAGCAGCAAGACACAGAGACAAAUGCCCAAACAUUACAGCACCAGACAUCCAGUAGUUCAGACGGUGGCUAUUAUCCCGAUGUAUCUCAAUACCAGUAUGACGAAUCAUCAGGCUUCUACUACGACCCUCAGACAGGACUGUACUACGACUCCAACUCACAGUAUUACUACAAUGCACACACACAGCAGUACAUGUACUGGGAUGGUACUCAGUACGUCCCAGCCCAGCAAGAUGGGCCUACUACUAUACCUCAAGUCGGCAUGCCUGGGAUGGAGGGAGGAAAGGAAGAUAAGAAUAAGAAAGAGAAGGGAAAGGUGGCUAAGAAGGUGGCAAGUGACAUGAGAAGAUGGGCUGCAACCAUAAACGAGACGAAGAAUAGCAAAUCAAAGAAGAGUGGAAGUGAUUACAAGAAAGACAACUCCUCAGCCUCUGCAGAUGCUGGCUUUGCUGUCCUCAGUAAAAAGGCUGAUCCAGUAGAAACCAAACAGUCUGUGAUGCUGGCCCUGAAGCGCUCCUCAACAAGUGAUGACCAACGGAAUAAGGCUGCCAGCAUUACGAACAUCCUAGCGCAGUAUGGCGGAGACAGUGACAGUGAACCAGAGGAAGAAGCGCCCCCUCCCAGUAAGAAGCCUGCCCCUUCCUACUCCUCCUCCUCGGCAGAUUCUAAGGAGAGUGUUCCGACUAGCCUGACGGACUGGACCAAGCUCAUCUGCCUCCUCUGUAAGCGACAGUUCCCGUCGAAGGAGGUCCUGGUGAAGCAUCAACAGUUCUCGGACCUGCACAAGCAGAACCUGGAGGCACUAAAGACGAGGACGGGAUUACAGCAGCAGCAGUCACCAGGGGGAAGCAAAGGAGGGGGUAAUUAUCGGGACAGAGCACAGGAGAGGAGAACAAGAUUCACCUGAAAUUGAUGAUCAUCCAAGGAUUUCAUUUGUAUGCAAUCAUUCCUUGAUAUAUCACCAACAUCAUUCUCAUGGAACACCUAAUGGAUAGCACAUAGGCUUAGCCAAAUAACGAAGAAGAUUACUUGCGCUUGUUUCAUAUUUCUGUGUUUUGGCACCAAACGUUUCCAUCUUAUAAGAACUGUCAGAGGAGAUCGACCUUCACUUCAAAAUGAUGAUCAACCAAGGAUGCCAUGUUUAUGCAAUCACGCCUCAAUACAUCAUGGACAUCAUUCUCAUUGAACUCUACAUGGACAUUGCUCUGUGUCAGUUGAGUAAUGGUGCUGUAGAGGACAAUGUCUGUACAUGUAUGUGUUUGUACCUCUAUGUUCUGGCACCGCAUGCUUCCAUCGUUUGAGAACUGUCAAAGGAGAUCAAUGUUCACUUGAAACUGAUGACAUGGGACUCCUGCAAUCGUGCCCUACAUCCACCAACAUCAUUCUCAUUGCCUUUCACAUGGAAAAAUCAUCAAGAGAUGAGAGGUGCUAUACAAUGUCGUGUCUGAAUUGAGUAGUACAGGAGACAGUAUCCUCUGUUCGGGUGGGGGGGGGGGGGGGGGGGGGGGGGGGGGGGGGGGGGGGCUUCCACUAUUGGACAAGGUUCACCUCAAGUUGAUGAUAUGGAGUUAUCCAAGAAUGACAUCUUGUCAAAUCAUGCCUUGAUAUAUCAGCAUCAUACCCUGGAACUACCCAGAGACAAUUCCCUAAGAGAUGAGAGAUAGAAUACAAUGUCAUGUCUGAGUCACCUUCGAAGGGAGUGGUGUCCUCUUCCGGCUGGCAACCUACCUUCUUCGAAACUUCUCCUUACGAAUGAAGUUUGAAUUGAAGAAAUUUAUUGAAUUGAGAAUAUCAUUUUUAUGCAAUCAUACCUUAAUACAUCAACAUCCUUCUCUGUAAGACAACAUCUGGGGGGGGGGGGGGGUGGCAUUUCAAAAAGCCCUUUUAAAAUGACAAAUGACCUAAAUCAUUGACAAAUCUGCUGAUAACCAAUCCGAAGCAAGGAUUUCACUAGCUUAUAACAAAAACUGUCAUUUGUCACUGAUGACAAGUUUUGUGAGACUCGCAGAACAGUAUCACAAGGUGACGAUAGAAUGCAAUUUCCUUUUCAGUCUGGUAACCAAGAAGGUGGAUUCUUAUGUACUUAAACUCGGAUGUUCCAACUCCCAUAUCUUCUGACCAUAGAAAUGAAAAUAUGACUAGGUUUUCCUCCUCAUCCAACAUUUUGUCUCUCUCGAUUCACCCAGAGUUGUUGGCCGAUUUUGCCCCAAUAUCAUUUAAAAUCUUACGAGAUCAAUUGAUUAGAGAAUAAACCUAAGAAAAUGCAAAUUGAUUUGCAUAAGAAAUCAUCACUUGAUGUAUACUGCCCAUGCUUGAAGCUGAUUUUUGUAUUUAUGUUGCAUGCAAAGUAUGUACAUAGAUGGUAGUAUCUUACCAGUGUCUCAGGCAUGUGCGCAUCAGAUCAAAAUGGCGGACCCUUUAAGUGCAUGCCAUGGUUGAUAUUACCUGUAUGAACUAGCAUUAGCCUGGAGUACUUAUGUUAACUGAAUAUAUUAUGUUGUGGAUGCGGGUACAUCAAUAUUAUUUAUUUCAAAGUGUUGUCAUUGUGCACAAACAAGACACAUGAAAUCAUGAUGUUAAAUAACCGCAAGUUACAUUUUAAUUGAAUUCAAUGUCCUGCCCUGCACACAUGACCCCUUGGAUUUUGGAGUCACUGACUUAAGAUUAAUUUUGACGUACUACAAGUCAUAUUUUUACCAUGGAUCUUAUAAAAGAAAUGAAAGUACAUAAUUCAUUGAAGACAUCAUCAUCAUUGGUUCUUGAUUAAUUUUUUCCAAUUAUUUUACAACUUGCAGCUUGCACAAGAAAGAAAACAAGAGAUGUUAAUACCCCAGAAAUAAAGAUUAGACAACAGCCUGGAAGAAGCCGUGUAUGCUUUUUAUGAACCAUUUUUUUUAAUGGAUAUGUUUUAAAAUAUGUCUCUACAAAAUUCAAGUUCUAAGUUUCAUCAAACUUCACAAGGCAGGUCCAUUAGUGUAAUUGUGAAUUUUUCAUCUCCAUUUUAUUUGCUGAAUAUCUUUUUUCACCCACUAUUGCCCGAUGUUAUAAAUUUUCUGUUCUGUCUUGAUUUUAGCAAACCGUUUACAGUUCCAGUGUACACCAUACCCAAAGAAUUUAUCCCAAUGCAAAUUAUUUGAUAGUGAAGUAUUCUAUUUAGAACUUGGGCGCGUGUUUGUGAUUAUGAUGUUCAAUUUCUAUGUCUGCAAUAUAGAAUUUGCCUGCAGGCUCUUUUUGUAAAUACUAAAUAUUAAACUGUUGAAAGGUGCGAGUAUUGCCACAUUAAUGCAAUCUCAUGUUUGUAUUAAAUCAUUCCUGUUGAAUUUGCAAUUACGAA